UUCCACCCCGUCGUCAGGCUGGACAUAGUUAGCCAUAUGACAGCGAGCCGCUCACUAAGAGCCGCUGUGUUUGAUUAAACUGGUUAACUGGUUCGCCUCAUUGAUGACUGUCUAGAUCGUAAAAGGCUGACGCGUCAACUGAGCGCAUCCGCAGCGCGAAUCCUCUGAUUAUUGAUCAGUUUCAGCGCCUGGAGGGCGAUGUUUACCUCUCAGACCUCCUCCUUCCAGGAGUCUAUAGAUGUGGAGGAGAAGGACGCGGACUUCGACAGUGAGGAACUGACCGCCUACAGUCCGAAGACCCAGCACAUCAGCUCUUACUACUCCAUAUAUUACUAUCAGAACACCAGAUCUGAGUCUUCUGAAGAAAAUGUAGCCUGGAGCCAAAGACGGGCCGACUCCACUACCAGUCAGGAUGACUUUAGCCUGACCCUGCUGGACUCCAGCCUGCCCGCCGAGGCGGAGCCCGAGCUGCGAAGCUACAUCUCCCGCAGGCUGAGUAAAGGAGCCCUGCUGGGGGGAAUGGGCAACAUCGCCACGGUGGAGCUCAGUGUUCCUGAGCAGGCGGUGGGCUGCUACUGCUGUCUCCUGGAGCAGGAGAGGUCUCCAGAACAGCCAGAGGCAGACGGCAACGGCUGGGUGGUCUGCCUCCUCGGGGGCUCAGAGAAGGGCCUGAACUUGUUCAGAAUUGAGCUGGAUAAAUACGUCCAAGGCCUGCAGAGCAGCCUGACUCCAGAAAUGCAGAAUCUGGAGUCGGAGGUCCGGCCGUACCUGAGCCGCUGGUACGAGGAGUCAGUCAUGCACAUCCACAGAGUGGUGCAGCUGGUCCAGACUAACAUCAGCUAUCUCCUCUACGCCGCUUUGAGUCACACUCAUGUAGAGGUCACCGGAGCAGAUGAGAGGACCAAGACAGAUGUGGCGAGGUUCAUUAAAGCGGCGAGUCUGCAGGGUCUGGUGCAGGAGGAGCCUUCAACAGCCUCUCUGUGCAAAACCGUCUCUGAAGACUCGCCCACUGACCUGCUGAUCGACUGCGCCAGCAGCCCUCCAGCUUUCACCAACGCAGUGAGCAACCGCUUCUGUGAUGACUGGAUUCAGGCGUUCAUCAACGCAGCCGAGCGCUUUAACCCGUUCCUUCUGCGCCAGAUCCUGGAGAACUUCAAACUCAAGGCCAUCCAGGACAUGAACAACCUGAAGCGGUUUAUCCGGCAGGCUGAGAUGAGCCACUAUGCGCUGUUCCGCUGCUGUCUCUUCCUGCAGAGCUGUGGGAACGGAGACGUUUUGCUGCAGAACGCUCGGGCCGAGCACAGCGGCCUGCCCGAGGCCUGCAGCAUCAUCCGCGUUCUGGAGGAGUUCCUCGCCGAACAGGCUGUGGGCACGGUGCAGUAACACCUCGCAGCCUGCGGGGGGCCGCAGAGGGUUACUACCAGAGUGCACGGCCCAUUACACUGAGUUGCUAGUUUAGGUACACCUGAUAUCUGCCACUCUUAUAGUGGUCACUUUGCAGUGAUGGACAGGAUGGAUACAUUGUGCAGCCAUAGAUGUGCUGUGGUCGGCAACUUUACCUAAUAAGUGUGCUUAUAUGAUCUAGGGCUGGGCAAUAUGACAAAUAUAUAUCGUUAUCAUGAUAAAUUAUGUCACAAUACACUUAGAACACUGACCAGCUGCAUGUUUCAUUAUAAAGAGAGCAAAAUUAGUCCCGUUUAACUGGAUUUAGUGCCCAAAUAUUGAUAAAAAAUCACUGUGUUCACAGUUUUUGAUAGUAUUUUUAAAAAUGUAGCACUACUUUCUCUUUUUUCUCUGGUCCAACUGAUCAGAUAAACAUUGACAUAUCGUGUAUCAUGAAAAGUUCUUGAAGUAUCGCAAUAUUGGAAUUUUGCCAUAUCGCCCAGCUCAAAUGUGUUCAAUGAGUGCAUGUUGUAAUAAACUGGCAACUCAGUGUAUUUAUGAGGGGCAUUUUGAUGAAGGACCAUUUAGGGUCCACACGUUCCUCGUUUACACCUGGCUGUUUCAUGUGGCUUCAUGUAUCUGGAUGAGAUUUAAACCACAUGCUUUUACAUUUGGUUAUCAAAUGCGUCUCCAGUUAGUCCGAUUGAAACCUGAUUGCUUUGUGGCACAUAAUAUGCAAAUCAGCUCAUACAACAACCAAUCGCCUGUGGUUUAUUCGUUUUCUUGCGCCGGCUUUACACCCACGUUUACAGGAAGACGGCUGUUUAGAAUGAGCAGCCUCUCUGAUGAGUCGUCACAGUCGUGAACCACGUGCUAAAAUGGUGAAUAACGAUGAGACGAGGUGACGGUUAAUCAAACUAGAGCUUUAUUUUAACGAGCCUGGGCUGCUGAAGACUCCUGACUUAAACUGAACUGAAGGAGCAGCGGCGUCUCUGGUUAGUGGGGCCAGUCCAGUGGGUGGAGUUUUACCUUUAUGCAGAACAGGGGGAGGAGUCACAGUGCUAGGAGGGUUUUGAUGGUCAGAGGCAGAUGUAUUAACACUUGUAUAACGUCAGGCGGCGCUUUGAUUAAUUUAAAUGUGGUUUAAACAGGUGCACUCACACCUGAAUUUACGCUUGUUGAGUGGUUAUCAAAAAAGCUUAUAGUUGAGUUGCAGAACAGCUGCAGGAUAACAGUUAGACAGAUAAUCAGUUUUAUAGCUGUCAAUUACAGUUUAAAACUCUAAUUACAACCAAAAUAUAUGUUGUUAAAUGCUGUUGUUAUGACAGUAGUGACACAGCUGGAAGCACCGGUCCUGGAGUAUAAACACUUCUCUGCUGUACGAUGAUCGUUUGUUGACUUAUUCUAUAACAGUUAUUAACAGUUCUUCCUUUUUAUGUUUAACUAUCACCCAGACAAAGAAAGCUGGAACCUAAACAGCUCCGAUUUCUUGCUGUGUUUCAUCACCUGCGUUCCAAACUGCAAAACAGUGCACUCACUACUGAGGAGGUGAAGUAUGCUCUCUAAAAGAUG